CUGAACCACGACUGUGCCCGUACACCUUACAAUUCCCAAGCCACCUCCGCUCGCAACCCUACGCAGCGCUGCGCGAUCAUGUCAACUCCCUCAGGCGGCAAGUCAGGGAACCCGCACAUACCCCCCGUCGCUCUCACCACUAUCCCCCAUGUCGAACCCUCGGCCUUCAAAGGCUACCUUAGUCAGCUCGAGUCCGAAUACGGCGGUGCACAAGUGUUUCGUCAGAACGAACUUGCACCGUGUAGAAGGCGGAAGACGAGCGUUUCGAAGCGCCGCCAGCUUGCGCCUACACCGCUGUCUACAAUUCCCUCUGUGUAUUUCGAUGAAUACUUUCGCCUCGAGAAUCCGCGCACUUUCGAUGUUGUCAGUGAGCAUGCGGAGGUUGUAAGGCGGCCACUGUCCACCACGGCAGACUGUAGCAAGGGCGCGAAUGGCACUGCUGCAAAUAGUAACCCGCAGCCUGUUAGGAAGGCGCUUACUACCAAUGCCAUAUUGCAAGAGAAGCUAUCAUGGUACAUGGACACUGUAGAGAUUUAUUUGAUAUCUUUGAUUUCGCAAGCGUUACCCUCUUUUUUCGCCGUGCUUAGCUCUCUUCGUGAACUCCAUGCCGAAGCGGCCGACUCAGUCGCAAAGGUCCAGAAGCUGAGGGAGGACCUCGCACAUUUGGAUAAAGAGAUGGCAGGGCGCGGUUUUGAGAUGAUCAGCAUGAAGCGAAGACGGGACAAUCUGAGAAAGCUGGGCGAGGCUACCAAACAGCUUCAAUGUGUCCUUAGCGGCGCCAGUCAUUGCGAGAAACUCGUAGACUCUAGGCAGCUAGAGACGGCCAUAUACCACAUCUCGUACGUCGAACAGCUUACGUCCGGAACGCUGGAUCCGAGAAUUGGCGGCGAGCUUAUCGAUCUACGCCGACUGCACACUCUUGAAGGACUAUCGCGAGACAUCAACCAGCUUCGCCUGCGGAUCGGGAAAGUUUAUGAAGCCCGAUUACUAGACGUCCUUUUGUGCGACCUGCGCCGACAUGUGUCCGGCGUACCGCCGAGAGACACUCUGGCGCGCUGGAUGAAUGCCACAAAACGCGCACGCGGCGCGACGGAUGCCUCCUUAUCGACACCCGCGUAUAUGAUGAGUGCAGAAAAGCUGCGCGAAGAUCUCACCCCUGUCCUGCAGGGACUUGGCCAGUCGCAGUAUCUAGCUACGGCAAGCACCACGUUUCGCGAAGCCGUCAUCCGAGAGAUGAAGUCUCUUAUCCGCCAGCACCUGCCGAGCUCUACUAACAACGACAAUGAGUCUGUCGCGUCUGCGUCCACGCUGGCAAGCGGUCGACGUCCAACCCAGCAGGAAAAGUCGAGCAUUCUGUCUCGCAACUUGCGUGCUCUUAGUCCCGAGGACGCAGAAGCGUUCUUCGUUAAGGUCUACUGCGGGAUAGGCGAAGCAUUACGGAGGCUUGGUGUACAGGUAAAGGUUCUCCUUAAUAUCACAAGCAGCAUGAAGAAGACUCCAAGCAUCGUACUCACGCCCGAAGAGAUGACUCAAGCUCUUAACAUGUCGAGCCUCCUCGGACAGGCAGUGGACAAGGCACAAUCGGAGACGACAAAGGUGCUGCGAGUCAGAACUGAGCAAACGGUUCGCCUUGGAUUGACCGAUUUCCUAAGCUACUUUACGCUGAAUCGCCUGUUUGUCAAUAAAUCGCUGAAAGGUGUCGUGGACAACCAAAUUCACGACUUUGUCCCGCUUCUGCACGAAGACCGCAUCAAUUUCAAGCCCGAGGACGCAGUGAUCCUGGCGCACAUUGUCCAGUCCAUGACCACUGAUCCCCCAGCAUGGAGCGCAGGCCUGGAAGUAGGCGAACGGAAUUUACAGACAAACGACAACCCUGCGGAGCCUACGAGUGCUGCUAAGCAAGAUAAGAAAGACCGGACACUAGCGGUCAUCAAGGGGGAGAAGUUUAUACUCGUCGAUUCGGCAGCAUUUGCGCUUCGCGACAUAGAGCAAUACACAAUCCUCCUGGCAUCGGUUCCCAGCAUGGCCAACGACAUCUCAGCGGCCCUGCUUGACUAUCUUAAACUGUACAACUCUCGCACACAACAGCUUAUUCUCGGUACGGGUGCUAAACUAACAGCUGGGCUAACCAAUAUCAAUACCAAGCACCUUGCUCUUGCGUCGCAGUCGCUGUCCUUCUUUAUUGCUCUAAUACCCUACCUGCGCGAGUGUGUCCGUCAAUACGACCGGCUGAAGCGCUUGUUCCAAGACCAUCAGUCUUCUAUCCACGACAAACUCGUCGACAUAAUGAGUUUUCGCGCGACCUGGGACGAUGAAGGCGAGGUGCAGGGGAACACGCUCACGCUACAACGAGUGCUGAGCAAGUAUCUGCCGGCGUUGAGCGUGAGGAUGAUCGUCGGACGGGUCUUUGUGAGGUACAAGGAGCAAUGGAGCAAGGCAUUCGAAGCGAGGUGAGUAUCUUCCUCGACAACAUGUCGUUGCUGGCUAACCAAUGUGCAGGCUUCUGCGAUACGCGGAGCUGUUCGAAGCAAAGCUCGGCAAGAUUGACGGCGCAGAAGAGCUCGGCGCGCACAUGAUCAAUAUUGUCAAGGCAAAGCAGGUCGCAUCCGAGGGCACGCCCGCAUGAGUUGCGGCUGCAGCCAACGAAGCACGGCGGGAGAGAC